GUCUCACAUUCUCAUAGCAUAUCAAUAUUCUACAAUAUAAUACAGUUUUCACUUUCUUGUUGAAUCAUGGCUCUUCGUGGGAAGCUGGAGGUUGACAUUGAACUCAAGUCUAAUGCAGACAAGUACUGGCAAACAAUUAGGGAUUCUACAACUAUAUUUCCUAAGGCCUUCCCACAUGACUACAAAAGCAUUGAUGUCCUUGAAGGUGAUGGCAAGGCUCCUGGUUCUGUCCGCCACUUCCAUUACGCCGAAGGCUCGCUGCUUGCAAAAUCGUCGAAAGAGAGGAUCGAGGCUGCUGAUGAUGAAAAGAAGACAGCAACCUAUUCAAUUAUUGAAGGGGAUCUUCUCCAAUACUACACAAAAUUCUUGGGACACAUAGCUGUUAUACCAAUUGGAGAAGGAUGUGAGCUGAAAUGGACUGCUGAAUAUGUCAAAACUAAGACUGAUAUUCCUGAUCCGACUAUUGUCAAAGAUUUUGCUGUCAAGAAUUUCCUUGAGGUGGAUGACUAUAUUCAAACACUUGCAUAGAAAGUGAAUGCAUUUCAUGAAUUGAAGGACAAGCUAGAUUAUUUUAAUAAAAUAAUGUGGUGGAAUGAUGGAACCAUUUUCUAUUUAAUAUGUGGUAUGUGUGUAGUAAUGAGUCUGUCCUUGAUUGUUGUUGGCUUAAUAAGUUGUUGAACUAUGCCAUCUUUAUUUGUAAAAACUCAAGAGUGUUUCCCAAGCA